CGGGCUCGCCCUCCCCGCCUCUCCUCCUCCUCCUGCGCGGCGCGGGGUCGCGAAGAACCUUCCCUGCCCGCGGCAGGCGAGGCAAAGGUGGCUCCCUCCCCCACCCCCACCCCCACCCCCCACCCCCUCCUCUACCAUCUCUCUCGAGCGCCGCCGCAUCGCGAGGCGAGGCGCCGGGUGAUUACAUGCCGCUGAUGCUGGGGAGGCAUCCUGAAGACUGCCCUCCAGGCGAGUUACCUCUCUCCCCCCCGGGACGGGAUCUCCUCGCCGGCGGGCUGGCGGCGUGGCGCCCGCUUCUCCUGUACUAGGUUUCCGUUGCCUGGUGCGGAAGCCCUAACGUAGCUUGCUUGGAAUUCUUCUCCGAAGAGGGGCUCUGUUCUUCACGUAAUGGAAGAUACUAGCAUUGCUAUUGAGAUUGAUGGGGAGGCGAUCUGUCUGGACAGUGUCGGAGACAACGAGGAGCAAGGAUCUCAGGAGAACCAAGAGAUACAGAUAAUCUAUGAUGCUGAAAGUGAAGGACAAGUUGCUUUCGACAACGAAGAACAGGGAGGGCAGGAACAUACUGCGAGGAAUGGCGAAGAAGAUCAGGAAAAUAUUCCUGUAAUUCCAAGCCGUGAGGAGUUGACUGAAGAAUUGCGAAACAAAAUUGCCAAUAGUGAGGAAGAAGCAUACAGGUUGUACUGUGACUAUGGACACCGUAUGGGCUUUAGUGUGCGGAAAGGAAAACAGUACUACUUUACGGGGACCAAAACUAUCCGUACAAAAGACUAUUACUGCUCAAAGGAAGGUCUAAAGGAUGAUGAACAGCUUACUGAGGCAAACUUUAAUAAGCCAGACACCAGGACUAACUGUAAAGCAAUGGUACGUUUUAGAGUUGAUUCUGAAGGCCAUUGGCGAGUUAUUCAGAUUGUUCCUGAACAUAACCAUGAGUUGGUUCGACCGGAAGAGGUACACUUACUGAGAUCAGUGAGGACUCUCUCAAUUCCAAAACCUGGUGUGCUGAAUGCAAUGGUAAAUGCUGAAAUACAAGCAAUGCAUGACAAUUUGCAUAUGAACGAUGAUGGUGCUGAAUGUCGCGCUCAGCUUAGCAUCCAAAGUUACAAACUGCUUGAACCAGAGGACUCUGAGUCACUUGUAGGCUAUUUCAAGCAUAGAACAAUUGAACAAGGUAUGUUCUACUGGGAUGUGCAGGUAGAGGAUGGUAGAAUGACUAAUUUUUUUUGGAGGGAUGGUAGAAGUCGUAUAGACUACGACUGUUUUGGAGAUGUCAUGGUAUUUGACACAACAUGUCGUACCAGCAAAUACAAUAUGAUAUGUGCCCCAUUUGUUGGUGUUAAUCACCACGGCCAAAACGUUAUAUUUGGCUGUGCAUUUUUGCUAGAUGAGUCCUCGACAUCCUAUGAAUGGUUGUUCAAGUCAUUCUUAGAUUCAAUGGGUGGCCGUCCUCCUAAAACAAUCUUUACUGUUAAGGAUGAAACUAUCUCCAAGGUAAUUGAUGGUGUUUUCCCUGAGACACAUCACUGCAUCUGUGAGUGGAGUAUCGAAAAUACCCUACAGUCCCAUUUAGGCACUCUAAAUGAUUCUGGAACAUUUCAUAGCAUGUUCAAAAAGUGCAUGAGAGAAUGUGAGUCAGAAGCAGAGUUUGAGGAAACAUGGGCAUUGAUGCUUGACAAAUGCAAUAUCCAGGAUCACCAAUGGCUCGCUGAUCUGUAUCAGCAGAGGCGUAAAUGGUGCACAGCACUUCACAAGGAUGCAUUUGAUGGUGGGAUUAAUUCACAUGAUAGGAGUGAUAGUUCAAACAAUGCCCUGAGCAGCAUUGCUGAUGAAUCAACUCCACCCAAUCAAUUUAUCCUCGAGUUUGAUAAACUGGUGGGGAGUUGGCGUACAGAUGAAUCUGCUGAGGAUAUUCAGUGCAAUCAGACUUCCCCUGACUGUACAAUUAAGCAUAGUAGCAUUCUGCAGCAUGCUGCUGAAAUUUAUACACGCAAAGUCUAUAAAUCUCUUGAAAUGGAAUAUCUAGAUGGAUGCAAUGGAACUUCAUAUCAAGAAAUACAGUGUAGUGAAACAUUGUACAGGUUCGAGUUCAUUUUGCAAAGAAUUGGCCCAAAAGUUUGUAUAGUUUUUCUAGAUACGUCUAGCAUGGAAUUGAAUUGUAGUUGUAAAAAAUUUGAGACGAUGGGCAUACUUUGUUCGCAUGCAAUAAAUGCACUUGAUUUCAAGAAUAUCGAUAGGCUUCCUGAAAGGUAUAUUUCAAAACGGUGGACAAAGUAUGUUAGGAGAGGAACAUAUCUGUUUCCAGCUGAUGAGUUUCUGGGACAAGAUUUCAUAGAACCUGAGCCGGCAUUUCGUAAUAAAGCUAUGCGAUUUGUGUAUGAUCUUUUGAUGAAGAGCAAAGGUCACCAGGAUACGAGGAAACUUAUUCUGGACAUGCUUGAAAAUGGAGAAAAGACACUAGAAAGUGUAUGUGAACUCAGGAGAUUGAAUGCACACCCCUCAGGAAGGGACAAAGAUGGAAGUAAGGUUGAAAAGCGGAAGAAAAAAUCAGCCAAGCAAGAUAAAAGCUCAAGAAAUGUUAGACAAGCAGUUUUAUCUCAGACAACUGACACAGUUUUAGUUGAUCCACCAAAUCAAAAUCAAUAUUAUGCAGCAGAAGAUAUCGCAACAAACUCAUCUAUCGGUAGACCUUUCUUUUACCAGGGAUAUCCUGCUGCUGGUGUUUCAACAAGUCAGAUUCAGGGCCAGGGCCAUACGAAUAUGCAUUCUGUGCCUCAGUGUGCACCACAGGAAUAUUCAGCCUAUGGCCCAGUUCAUCCUCCAACAUUUGGCAGUGGAAGAAAUUUCUGAAGAGUACAGCAGAAUUGAUGUGUGAAUAGCUGAAGUUCGUAUUUCUUCGACAGAUUGUUGUAUGUGCAUGGGAAUAGAACAACUUUGCUAGGCAUUAGUCACCUUACCUAGUAAAAAUAGAAGUAGGCUUCUCUUUUCGUUGAAAUUAUUGAAUUUGGUGAUUGUUGUACCAGCUGUAAAUUUGUUAUUCACUUAGUUGCAUGAAGUGGGUGAAUUGUGCUAUAGGAAACAGAUCAAUCAAUACACUUUGUGUAUGCCAAAUAACUAACUAGUACUAUCUUCGUUUUAUAAUAUAAAUGUUUGACCUCCGU